AUGCCCAAAGAAAAGGAAUCCAAGCUCUCCUUCAACCUCAAAACCCCCAAGGGUACCAAGGACUGGUCCGGCUCCGACGCCCUCCUCCGCGACCGCAUCUUCUCCACCAUCGCCGAUGUCUUCAAGCGCCAUGGCGGUACUGCCCUCGACACCCCCGUCUUCGAGCUGCGCGAGAUUCUCGCCGGUAAGUAUGGCGAGGACUCCAAGCUCAUUUACGACCUUCAAGACCAGGGUGGAGAAAUCUGCUCUCUCCGCUACGAUCUUACCGUCCCCUUCGCCCGCUGGCUCGCCAUGAACCCGGAUGUCCGCAGCAUGAAGCGCUACCACAUCGCCAAGGUGUACCGUCGCGAUCAGCCCGCCGUGAGCAAGGGUCGCAUGCGCGAGUUCUACCAGUGCGAUUUCGAUAUCGCCGGUACCUUCGAUCCCAUGGUCCCCGAUGCCGAGAUCCUGCGCAUCGUCACCGAAGUCUUCGAGGAGCUGGGCUGGAACGGCCGCUAUAACAUCAAGAUCAACCACCGGAAGAUUCUGGACGGUGUGUUCCAGGUCUGCGGUGUACCCGAGGAGAAGAUCCGUCCCAUCUCCAGUGCCGUCGACAAGCUGGACAAGAUGCCCUGGGCGGACGUGCGCAAGGAAAUGGUCGAGGAGAAGGGCCUGGACAGCGCCGUGGCCGACAAGAUCGAGACAUACGUGAUGCACAAGGGCGGUCGCGAACUCCUUGAUAACCUCCUCAAGGAUGAGGGCCUGACUGCCAACGAGUCUGCCAAGGCCGGUCUGGAAGAUAUGGGUCUGCUUAUGGAUUACCUCGAGGCAUUCGGUGUGCUGGACAAGAUCUCCUUCGACAUGAGCUUGGCCCGCGGUCUCGAUUACUACACCGGUGUGAUCUACGAGGUCGUUACCGAGGGCUCCGCCCCCGCCGUGGCGUCCUCCGCACCGGAGGCCCAGGCCGUGCAGAAGUCCGGCAAGAAGAGCAAGUCCAAGGGCGGCAAUCUGGAGGAUGACGACCGCUCCAACGACCCGACCCUGGGUGUCGGCAGUGUCGCCGCAGGAGGUCGCUAUGACAACCUGGUGGGCAUGUUCCUGCCCAAGGCGCAGAUUCCCUGUGUGGGUGUGUCCUUCGGUGUGGACCGUAUCUUCUCCAUCACCAAGGCCCGUCUCGAGCGGGAGAAGAGCGCCGAAGCCCUCCGCAGCAGCGAGGUCGAUGCCUACGUGAUGGCCUUUGGAGGUAAGGGCUUCACGGGUAUGUUGAAGGAGCGGAUGAGCGUGUGCCAGACUCUCUGGAACUCUGGCGUCAAGGCCGAAUUCUCCUACAAGGUCAAGCCCAAGCUCCCCCAACAAUUCAAGGCCGCCGAACAAGCCGGCGUCCCCUUCGCCGUCAUUCUGGGCGAGGACGAGCUCGCGGCCGGCAAGGUUCGCGUCAAGGAAAUGGGUCUCGAGGACGGACACCCCGAGAAGGAAGGUGUGCUGGUUGAUCUGACUGCUCUGCCGGCGGAGGUCAAGGCCCGGGUGGCUAAGAAGCGAGGAGAGAGUGUCGAUGGUGUUGCGCAGCAGUUGGGUGAGAUGAAGGUUGAUGCAUAG